AUGAAUGUGUAUCGAGUACAUAUACGUCCGUUCACAAACAUACAGUCACGCCACGUACACAUGCGUCACUUAGAUGGAUGUAAAGUACACGUACGCCGCGCAUACCUGCGUCAUAUACAUGUUGCAAGAACGUGUCACAAACGCGUACGUCACAUGCAUGUGCGUCAAAUACAAGUACUUCACGUGCAGUGUGUCACAUACCCUACAUCACAAAUGGAUUAUCGAAAACUAACAGCAGAUGAAAGUAACGAAUACAAAAUGCCAGCUGACAAAAUCGAAGAAACAUAUUUCACCAAUGAGCUGGAAACCAAUGACCGGUUUCUUCCUCACAGAGAAUUCGAACAAAAAUAA